UGCAGCUGUAGAAGCUACAAGAAAGCAGAGACAACAAGCAAUAAACAUAACCAAAAUCCACAUCCUUAUCAGCACUUUCAGAACUCCUUACUGGUCUCUUGUCACCAUGGAUUCUAAAGUUCUUGAUUUAUUAGCCCUUAUUAUACCCUUUUUCCUCUUUGUGAUUGUGGCACUGAAAAUAUGGAGGAAUCUCAGUAAAACUGAGUCAUCUACAAAUGUACUCCCAGGACCAUGGAAGCUACCUAUUGUAGGAAACAUACCCCAUCUAAUUACAUCUACCCCACACAAAAAAUUGAGAGAGCUAGCCAAAAUAUAUGGACCCUUGAUGCAUAUGCAACUUGGGGAGAUUUUUACGAUCAUUGUUUCCUCACCAGAGUAUGCUAAGGAGAUAAUGAAAACCCAUGAUGUCAUCUUUGCAUCAAGGCCUCACACUCUAGCUUCAGAUAUAUUAUCCUAUGAAUCCACAAAUAUCAUUUCAGCACCCUAUGGAAAUUACUGGAGACAGCUACGCAAAAUUUGUACAGUGGAGCUUUUCACCCAAAAACGUGUCAAUUCAUUCAACCAAAUAAGAGAAGAGGAGCUCACCAAUCUCGUCAAAAUGAUUGAUUCACAUAAAGGGUCGCCCGUAAACCUCACCGAAGCAGUACUUUUAUCGAUAUACAAUAUCAUUUCAAGAGCUGCUUUUGGCAUGAAAUGCAAAGGCAAAGAAGAAUUCAUAUCACUCGUAAAAGAAGCUGUAAUAGUUGCAACAGGCUUUACCAUAGGAGAUUUCUUUCCUUCUGCUAAAUGGCUUCAAUCUGUUACUGGUUUGAGGACUAAGCUUGAGAGGCUGCAUCAACAAAUGGAUAGGAUACUAGGAGACAUCAUCAAUGAACAUAAAGAGGCAAAGUCAAAGGCCAAAGAAGGCAAUGGUGAAGCAGAGGAAGAUUUGGUAGAUGUACUCCUAAAAUUCCAGGAUGUUAGUGAUUGUAACCAGGACAUUUGCUUAACUAUUAACAAUAUCAAGGCUAUAAUCCUGGACGUCUUUGGUGCUGGAGGUGAGACAUCUGCAACUACCAUAAAUUGGGCAAUGGCAGAGAUAAUAAGGGAUCCAGGAGUAAUGAAGAAAGCACAAGUUGAGGUGAGAGAAGUUUUUGGUAUGAAAGGAAGGGUUGAUGAAAAUUAUAUCAAUGAGCUCAAAUAUUUGAAAUUAGUUGUCAAAGAGACCCUAAGGUUACACCCACCAGCUCCUCUUUUACUUCCAAGAGAAUGUAGACAAACAUGUGAGCUUCAUGGAUAUCAUAUACCAGUCAAAAGCAAGGUGAUUGUGAAUGCUUGGGCAAUAGCAAGAGAUCCAAACUAUUGGACUGAAGCAGAGAGAUUUUAUCCAGAAAGAUUCAUUGACAGCUCUAUAGACUACAAAGGGAAUAAUUUUGAGUACAUUCCAUUUGGUGCUGGAAGAAGAAUAUGCCCUGGAAGCAACUUGGGUUUAAUAAAUGUUGAGCUGGCACUUGCAUUUUUGUUGUUUCACUUCGAUUGGAAGCUUCCAAAUGGAAUGAAAAGUGAAGACUUGGACAUGACCGAAGUAUUUGGAGUGACUGUUAGAAGAAAAGAUGACCUGUACUUGAUACCUACCACUUCUCAUCCUUUCCUGGAAAUUGGUGCAGAGUGUGGGGAAGUAAGAAGUGAAUUGAAGGCAAAGAAGGCUGAGUAAGAUUCAGGUCCAGGAUCAAUAAGUCCCACAAGUUGAUGAGAUAUCUUCGAGCUGAUGCAUAAACAGUUUAUAUGUUCCAUUAUUCCAACCUUCAUGGAUGAUAUAUGCAAUGAAACCAGUAAUGAAGCAGAAAUGUUGGAAGUACACAAAUAUAUGCUAAAUUUACAAUUAGUGUUUUUCUUUGAGUAACUACUAGUGUCCCUCCCCAGGGAUGCCUAGUCUUUUUAGUCUUAAUUUUCAAAAUAUAGAAAAAUUUAACAUAA